UUAUUAGCAUGGCAAUUGUCACAUUUCAUUCAUUUAUUUUCUGAAUAACACGUCGCAAUUGGAAAACGACCUUACAUGGCGGAAGUUGUUUUUUUUUAUAACGCGAUACCCAUUUUUUUGUUUGACCUCAUUCGCCGGAAGUGUAGCGGAGAAUAGUCGGACAGCCCCACAAGAAGGAAAAAAAUUGAAAAAAAAACAGGGAAAAAAAUAGGUGAAUCCGAGGUUUCGGGCGGAUUUGGACGAAGUUUCCGAACUGUCCCGGCCCGAAGGAGUCCCGGGGUUGAGAGGAAAUCGCCAGCACCGAAAUAAUGGAAGAUUCCCAUUUCAACUCAUCAUACUUUUGGUCUCCUGUUCCAACAGUGCAAGGACAGAUUGAGAACGCCAUGUUUCUGAACAAAAUGAAAGAACAGCUGGGACCAGAGAAGAGUGUCUCCUUUCCUCACUCUUCUUCUGCACAUUACUCCACUGCUGUGCUUACGGUUCCCGGCCCUGCCUCCAUGGAUCCCGCAGCAGCUGCCAGGGUGCCCAAGCAGGAAGGAGGAGGAGGAGGAGGUGGUGGUGGUGGUGGUGGUGGUGCAGCAACAACAGGAGGACCACAAAUGGCUACUGUAGGAGCACACCUCCAUCCUCCCCAUUCCUCACAGAACAUCACGGUUGUGCCAGUUCCCUCUACUGGCAUAAUGACAGCAGCGGGGUUAGUAAUCACCACUCCCCAAGGCACCUUGGUCACUCCUCCUGCCUCCUCUCAGUCUUUUGUCACUGGACCACCUGCCACAACCAUGAUAGUGUCCACCCUGCACCCUUCAAACACAGAGGCCAGGCGACCCCCCUCCCUCUACCUCCAAAGUCACAAUAAGAAGGAGGAUAGCAGUGUUCCUCCAGCUGUUGUCAUGCCAGCACCCUCAAAGCGGGGCAGAAAGAAGAAAUCCAUGAUGCCCCGAGCGGGUCCUGUGACAUCACAUACCCUUCCCACAGGAAGUGAUGCAUUGAUUCUUGCUCAUCUAGCUGCUGGAGGGCAGCAUCAUGCUGCUGAUCCCUAUGACAUGUCUAAUGAAGAUGAGGAUGAUCACACAGGCAAGGAUGGGAACAAGUCAUAUAGAUGCCGGAUGUGCGCUGUGACUUUCUUCAGCAAGUCGGACAUGCAGAUCCAUGCCAAGUCGCACACAGAGGCCAAGCCCCACAAAUGUCCCCACUGCUCCAAAUCAUUUGCCAACUCCAGCUACCUGGCCCAGCACAUACGCAUCCACAGCGGGGCCAAGCCCUACACCUGCUCUUACUGCCAGAAAUCCUUCAGACAACUCAGUCACUUGCAGCAGCACACACGAAACCAUACAGAGAGCAAACCGCACAAGUGCCCCCACUGCUCCAAAUCGUUUGCCAACUCCAGCUACCUGGCCCAGCACAUCCGCAUCCACAGCGGGGCCAAGCCCUACACCUGCUCCUACUGCCAGAAAACCUUCAGACAGCUCAGUCACUUACAGCAGCACCACAGGAUUCACACUGGUGAUCGCCCAUACAAGUGUUCCCAUCCUGGCUGUGAGAAGGCUUUCACCCAGCUCUCAAACCUCCAGUCUCACCGCAGACAGCACAAUAAAGACAAGCCGUACAAGUGCCACAACUGCAACCGAGGUUACACAGAUGCAGCUAGCCUGGAGGUCCAUCUGUCUACACACACAGUCAAACAUGCCAAACUCUACUCAUGUGGUCUCUGCAACCGAGCAUAUACCUCUGAGACAUAUCUAAUGAAACACAUGCGAAAACACAACCCAGAUCCCCUGACUGUAGCAGCUGCUGUAGCCGCCCAGCAGGCACAGCAGGGCCAGAAUCCAGCUCAGACCCCAGGAAGCGGAGGCGGUCGGGGCCGUGGCCGAGGCAGGGGUGCCGCUGCUGCUGGAGCAGCAGCCCAGGCACAGAACCAAGCCAACCCCAACCCACCGACCAGCUACCCUGUUACAGAGGGAGUCCCCUGCCCCUUUGACCUGCACCAGUACAAGACAGUAUCAGCUGGAGAGAUCCAGUACAAACCCGUCAGCGUAGCCGACCUGUCUGCACACAAGGACCUCUGCCUAACUGUCUCCACCUCUGCCAUUCAGGUGGAGCACAUGAACUCGUAGGACAGGAAUGGAAGGAGGGAGUUGGAGAAGUUGGACUAUGUAAAACAAAAAAAGAAAUGAGAGAGAAGCUACACUGCCUUGGAUGAGAUAUGUACACAUGGGGUAUACACUAUGGGGUCUAGAGGCAAAAAACGAGAUGAAUGGCUGUACAACAUGAUGGCCAUUCUAUGUGAAAAAAUCUGAAGAGGUUUUGCCUAGAUUUGCAGCCACAGCAUAAGAAGAUAGAAAGUGUUCAAAGGGAUUACUGGAGGAUUUGUUUGUGAAAAUGUACACUGGAUGCAAAGAAAAAUAUAGAUGCAUAACUGCCAAAACUGGCAUUGCUGUGCUCAGAGGUGUCGCGACUCUUGCUGAGCUGCUGUAGCUUGGUUCUAAAAAUAUUUAAUGUCAGUAGAACUUCCACCAACAAUAAGGGGUGUCCAGUCUUAUCUGCAAAAUGGUGGUUUGGCUGAAAUUAUUUUAACCAACAGGAGUAUAUCUGAUUUUCCUUUGUUUAAUUAGCAGAUUCCAGUGUUCAAAAAACCUAUCAUAUGCUCCUGCUUGGUUCAAAUGAAAACCUGAAGUGGCAUUGGCUCUUUCUAGACAUUAUUGAUGUUGAACAGCAAGAUGGUUAUCAGUUCCUGUCAACUUGUGUUUCAACCCUCCUAUCAUUUGUUUUCCAUGAAAUAAAGUUAUGAUGCCAGUUCAGUCCAGACAAUAGCUCUUUCAGGUCUUGUUAACUGGCAAAUCUAACAUAUUUUAAUGUUUUUAAUUCAGCGGAACCCAACUGCCAUCUCUGACUGAAACAAUUAAGUAGUAGGGAAAUAAUUUUUUUGUUUCAAUAAUCAAAUUGUGGAUUUUCAGUACUUUAGUUUCAGGUUUCAGCUGUUGCUCUUGAUUUUUCUUUGUAUCCAAUUGGCAUUUUCUAAAAAUAAGUUAAAAAAAAUGCUCAAACAGUGCCUUUGAUUUUACUUCAUCUUCUGAUGUUUAGGAAAGGUGGUGGCCCAGUGAUUUGACAUGAAAUUAUGUGUGAACUGUCUGUCGUGGUCUGCACAACAGCAUGUCAGCCAAAGUCUCUUGAGAAUGUUGUAACACACUUUGGUCCAUUUUGUUUGGUUUAUGCUGUGCUUUGUCACAAAUUUGGGGGCAAUAAGCAAGCACAAAGUACUGAGCUGUUCAUCAUUAACCUCAUUGCAGGUCAACAGAUCAGACUUGGAGAGUGGAUUUCCCAGUUUUUUAAAUGUUAAAUGUACCAUACUGGUAUAAUAUUGGUAUUGCCUUAAUUAGAAAUGAGGAUUUUCCCACAAACACAAACUUGGACAAGACCUAGUCUUUGUAUUUUAAGAUACUUGUCUUUCUCAAGGUAAAUUGUGUGCAUGGCUAUUUAUCAGAAUGUGGAAGUUUCCAUUUUAUAGUUUAAAAAACACACCUAAUAUCAGUGAUGUUAUGACUGGCUUUUAUAAGUAUGGCUCCAUGAGAUCUGUUAUGAUGAUGAUUUGCUGGGCCAAUGACAGACAGUUCAAGUUAAUGUUAUGUUUGUUACUACUAGUCACAAUAUAAAAGUAAGAGCAUUAUCGACAUCACAGUCUGAAACAGAAGGCGAAAGGUUUUAAGGGAUACAGCACUUAAAAUAAACUUUUUAUCAUCUUUGUUUUUCAUCAUUUACAUUUGUCUUGUAUCAUAUUUAUGUAUUUUUCUAUUGUCUGUGUAUGCAUAUUCAUGUGUAUGUGAGAAUGUGAAGAAAUGGCUGAAAAAGCAUGUCAGUGGGAGGGAGUCAAGAGAGUUAUAUGUGAAAACAUGAUUCAGUGUUUUCUUUUUCUUACAUUGAGUGCAGUCAUUUUAUAUAUUUCCAGCCCUCCCUAAAAAGAGGACUUUAAACCAGAGGGAGGGAGGUGGGAAUUGAAAAGGCAGGAGAUAAUGGUGCAAGCAUCAAUUUGGUUACCAGGUACUAUUUAGUAGUGUGUUUUUUAACCUUUAAUACCAACUAUUAUUGAUUUGUUGGCUUUUGUUAUGCAAUUAUAAUUAUCCUUCAUUAUUGAUUGGAAAUGACUGUAAAUACAUACAGAAGUCUUUUAUUUACAAAAAGGAAGGAUUGUCUCUGAUCCUAUUGAAAUUUAAAUUUAAAAGAAAACAUUAAAAAGUAAUAUUGGAGAACAAAGUACAGAAUGAUGACUUUUUCCAUGCCAACCAAUCACAGGAUUACAUAAAAUGCUUUUGUUGACUGAGCAGACUGUUGAUUGGUUGGUGCCUUCAUGUGUAAUCCUUGUUGUAUCUCAUGUGUCUUUGGAAAUAAUACAGUUCUCAAUAUUAUUGUUAAUGUCUCCUACUAUUCUUGUUACCAACUCUUAAUGCUGGCUUUGCUGUAUAUACCAUGCUCAUUCAUCUAAAUAACUGUUUCUCCUUGUAUGAACAAUAAAAACAAAAAGACAUUGGUCAA